GAGACCUUGAAGUGUAUGUUUGUGAAGUGUUGGUCCAAGGAACACAAGUCGCAGGCAGAAGGGGCACACAGAGGGAACUCUCGCUAAAAUCAGGUCAGCUGAAGGUGCAUUGUGUCCGAGUCCCGCCAUGCGUCAGGUGAUCUUCCUCCUCUCCGCCCUGCUUCCGCUGUCUCCCUCCUGUGGACAAGAUCCGUUCGCCUGGCUCUACAGCGGACGGCGCUCCUUGCAGGCAGACACCACAGGCGGCGAGUGUCCCCCCGAGUGUGACUGUCCUCCCACCUUCCCCAUCGCCAUGUACUGUGACGGGCGGGGCCUGACGGCCAUGCCCACCGUGCCCUCCCGGAUCAAGUACCUCUACCUCCAGCAUAACGCCAUUGCGGCUGUGUCAGACUCUGCUCUGCUCAACGCCACCGAGCUGAGGUGGCUCAUGCUGCACCACAACCUUCUCACGGCCAGCGCCAUCAGCCGGAAGGCCUUUGUGAAGUUGGAAGGACUGGAGCGUUUGUAUUUGCAACACAACAAUUUGACCCACGUCCCUGAGAAUCUCCCUCGUUCCCUGCGAGACCUGAGGAUGGACCACAACAGCAUCCAGCAGGUAACGCCUUCAGAUCUAGCCGGAAUGGAUAACCUCACCAUCCUGCAUCUCCAUGACAACGCUAUCACAGACAUGGGUGCGUCACUACAGUCUCUGGCGUCCCUCACACUGUUGGACAUCAGCAACAACAAGUUGACUAAGGUCCCAGGGGGUCUCCCCGAGCAUCUCCACCAGCUCUACCUGGACGCCAACUCCAUCGCCUCUCUGUCCGAGGGCUUCUUGGGCGGUUUGACACGGCUACAGUACCUGCGCUUGGCCCACAACCAGCUGACCAACACGGGCGUGCCCUCCGGCGCCUUUAACGUGACGGCGCUGGUGGAGCUGGACCUCAGCUUCAACAGGCUGGAGAGAAUCCCUCCAGUCAGCCUCGCCCUGCAGCAUCUCUACCUGCAGGCCAACCAGAUCAAAGAGUUCACACUGGGAAGUUUCUGCAACCUCGUGGACGUCAACAACUUCUCCAGACUGCAAACUCUGCGCCUGGACGGCAACCAGAUCGCUCCCCAGGACAUCCCGUCCGAUUCGUCGCUUUGCCUGCGCCUGGCCUCCAGCAUCGAGGUUUAAACGCGCCGCACAGCCUCUUCAAAGGUCACGACUUUGUUUACGUCUGUUUCAUGUUUGAAGUGACCUCAACUGCAUCAUGGGUGAUCAAAUACUUGGUAAUAAAUAUAAGUACUAUGUAUAUACAUAGUCAGGUAUGUUAUACACUAUAUUGCCAAAAGUAUUUGGCCACCUGCCUUUACUCACAUAUGAACUUGAAGUGCCAUCCCAUGGAAUUGUCCAAAAUGUUUCAAAGUUCCUUUCACUGGAACUAAGGGGCCAAGCCCAACUCCUGAAAAACAACCCCACACCAUAAUUCCUCCUCUAUCAAAUUUCACACUCGGCACAAUACAGUCCGAAAUGUAGCAUUCUCCUGGCAACCUCCAAACCCAGACUGGUCCAUCAGAUUGCCAGAUGGAAAAGCAUGACUCAUCAGUCCAGAGAAGGCGUCUCCGCUGCUCUAGAGUCCAGUGGCGUUGUGCUUUACACCAGUGGUCCCCAACCACCGGGCCCGGUACCGGUCCGCGGACCGAUUGGUACCAGGCCACGCAAGAAAUAAAAAAAUAAAAUAAUUGUUUUUAUUUUUAUUUUUUUAAUCAAAUCAACAUAAAAAACACAAUAUAUACAUUAUAUAUCAAUAUAGAUCAAUGCAGUCUGCAGGGAUACAGUCCGUAAGCUCACAUGAUUGUAUUUAUCUAUGAAAAAUAAAUAAAUAAAUAAAUAAAUUAUCGGACAUCUCUAGUCUUAAUAGUUGACUUCUGACUCGUGUGAAGUUAUGAAUAAAUAUUCUUUGAUCUAUAUUCUUUAUUAUUUGGAGUUGCAGGCAACAUUCAUGACCGGUCACAACAGCUAAAUGACAACCCAACUUUUGUCUGUUUUGUCUUGUGCUUUUCUGUGUAGUGCUUGACUGUCCGUCCAUAAUCAAUCAAUCAAUCAAUCAAUCAAUCAAAGUUUAUUCAUAUAGUGUCUCAAAGGGCUGCACAAGCCACAACGAUCCCACAUCAGGGCAAGAAAAAACUCAACCCACGCUAAGUGUUCAUUUUAUCUUUAACAAUGUGUGUUUUACCUGCUACAUGUCUUAUAUGUGUACUUUUAGCCAUGGUAUUAUUUUUAGUACCAUAUUUUCUGGACUAUAACGCA